CGAUGGUCCGGCAGAGCUCCGUCGCGGUUUUAAGUCCCGCAAAAUGCGGCGUCAUUCAUCCAACUACAUCCCUCUUCUCAUCCCUUUUCCCCCCUCAUUUCCCUUAAAUCCCUGUUUUCCCUCAGACUUCAUAGGGAAAGAUAACAGAGCCGACUGCUGCGUAUAACGAUAGACUAAAGAUUAAAAUAUAUACCUUAUUCAUAUAUUUCCUAUUUAUUUAUUUACUCCCAACUACGUCAUGGCGCCUAAUUCCCGUCUCUUCCUCACCCGCCACGCUCAGGCCGAGCACAACGUCGAUCUAGACUACACCAUCCACGACGCGCCACUUACGCCUCUCGGCAAGAAACAAGCCGCGUCACUAGCCCGUCUAAUCCCAGACCUGCAAAACGAGGCCGACGUAGUCAUCUCGUCGCCCCUACAGCGCACCCUGCAAACCACCUACCUCGGCUGGCGCCCAGCCGUCGAGCGCCUAGGCGGGCUGAAAAACGUGGUGCUCCUGCCUCAGGCGCAGGAAUGCAACGGCUUCCCGUGCGACACGGGCUCGGCAAAAGAGGUCCUCGAGGCGGACCCCGAGUUCGCGGUGUUUGAUCUUACGCCGCUAACGCCGGACUGGACUAGCAAGAAGGGCUUCUGGGCCCCGAGCGAGGAGGCGUUGACGGCGCGCGCUCGUUGGGUUCGCCAGUACUUGCGUGGUCGGGCUGAGAGGAAUAUCGUGCUUGUUGCGCAUGGCGAUAUUCUUAGGCGGAUUACGGCACAUCCGCGGACGGGGCCGAGUGAUUAUCCCUGGAAAAAUGCCGAGGUCCGAAUCUUCGAGUUCGACCCGCAGUACGUCGAUACCGAAGAGUGCUUCCUAUACCAGAAGGAAAAUGUCGCAGCUGCUGGUGGCUACGGGCCGACAAGCACGGAGCUAGAAAUUGAGCAAGCUGAAGGUAGACUAUAGAGGCUUCAACGAUCAGACAGCUACGAAGAAUUGAGAUGGUUAGCUGUACUACUUUGACUUAGACUCACUUGUUAUUCAUAUUAGAUGAUAGAAUAUAGAUGACUUUGCUGAUUUCAAUAAGGAGCUACACCACAUGAGUCACUAGUUUUGAAUUCAGAUUGUGGUAAACAAGCCCUCCUUUCCCC